UCUUUUUUCCUACUUUGGGACCGAUUGAAAGCCAAGUGUAAAGAAAGGGGAGAAACGGUUCUCGAACGGCGUCGUAAUGCAAGCUCACGGCGCCGGACUCCAGCGAGUCCUACUGUUGGCAUUUUGCGUGGCCGGGAUUUGGGCUGCCUAUAUUUACCAGGGAUUUCUACAGGAAACUCUGUCCACCAAGCGAUUUGGUUCAGACGGGAAGAGGUUUGAGCAUCUUGCUUUUCUUAACUUGGCGCAAAAUAUGGUUUGCUUAGUUUGGUCAUACAUAAUGAUAAAGCUUUGGUCCAGUGGCAGCAGUGGUGGUGCUCCUUGGUGGACCUAUUGGAGUGCUGGAAUUACGAAUACAAUUGGUCCAGCCAUGGGUAUUGAAGCAUUGAAGUACAUCAGCUACCCGGCUCAGGUUCUGGCCAAAUCCUCAAAAAUGAUUCCUGUCAUGUUGAUGGGCACUCUAGUUUAUGGUAUUCGAUACACUUUCCCCGAGUAUAUGUGUACUUUCCUUGUUGCUGGAGGAGUUUCUGCUUUUGCACUUAUGAAGACUAGCUCAAAAACUAUUAGCAAGUUGGCACACCCCAAUGCUCCCCUUGGAUAUGGACUUUGUUUUUUGAACCUUGCUUUUGAUGGAUUCACAAAUGCUACGCAGGAUUCGAUAACUGCAAGGUAUCCGAAGACAAGUGCUUGGGAUAUCAUGUUGGGAAUGAACCUAUGGGGUACCAUAUACAACAUGAUUUACAUGUUUGGUUGGCCACAUGGUAGUGGCUUCGAGGCAGUCCAGUUUUGCAAGCAGCACCCAGAAGCUGCUUGGGAUAUCCUCCUCUAUUGCCUCUGUGGUGCAGUCGGCCAAAAUUUCAUCUUCCUGACCAUAAGUCGAUUUGGUUCCUUGGCUAACACAACCAUUACCACCACUCGCAAAUUUGUCAGCAUCGUGGUGUCUUCUCUGCUGAGUGGCAAUCCACUUUCCCCAAAGCAAUGGGGUUGUGUACUUAUGGUUUUCUCAGGGUUAUCAUACCAAAUCUACCUCAAGUGGAAAAGGCUGCAGAGGUUGCAGAAGAAGAAAAAGACCUAAGGAAGGAGAUGAUAAAAAAAGGGGCUGUUUCUUCUACCUGCUUGACAGACUAGACGUGAAAUUUCUUUUGCUUUCUCUAAAAAGUGGGGAUAGCUACCAGUAACUACAAAUAUUUCUGAGUGAAGAACAAACGGGAAAAUCCUAUAACAAAAAUAAAUGUGGCAACAUGUGCCGGACAUUGGAGUGGAACAAGAAUGCUUCAAGAUAAAAGAAGAGUCACAAAGGUUGGUGGAACCGACAGUUCAGAACAACUUACACUUUCUGAAAAAUUUGGGCUGGGUAUUCCUGCUGCUAGAGAUCUGAAAAGAGGGGUGACUUGGACUGGGGAACUGAACUCUAUGCCCAAUGAGGUAGAAGCAACUAUAUUGUUUGUUUGGUCGUUACAUGAUGGGAUUAUAUCGACUGCUGUAACAUAGAACAUUUCAUCAGAAACACCCUUAUCCACUUUAUAAUCAUAAACAAGGUAUUCCUAGGCCUUAUAACAGAUACCGAAUUUCAUUACCUUGAUUUGUGUUUGCUCCAGAAGGAGUCCUUUUCUCCUCUUCGUUCCCGCAAUUCUGCUCUUGGAUAGGACUUGACAGUAUAUCCUGGUGCAGUGCAUCUAUCUUAGCUUGAGUUUCUUCUCCGGCUUCACCAGCCAGAUGAGGCAUCAGUGUCGACCCUGUGCUGUAUUCAGAGCUGGCUGGAGAUGCCUUAUACAAAUCAGGUUGCCUAGAACAUAUUAAUUGUCAGUUGGUGUUUAGUACGAAAACUGACAAAAUCUGAACUUUUAACUGAUUUUUCUAUUACCUCCAAGACGGUUGACUCCCCUCAUUACUACUCCUUAAACCCUCAAACAAGUCUUUGAAAUCUUCUAGUUGCAAGUCAAUAUCAGACAUUGUAUAUCUCAGGAUGUCAUUUUCUUUACUCUGAUUCAAAAAGUCUUGGAGAAUCUGAAUAUAACAUAGGAUAAAGUUUAGGCCUUAGGGACAUAGUACAAUGCAUGGUUUGGACUGUUAUUCUGUUAUCCCCGAAAUAUUAAAGAUUUAGCACUUUACCAACUGUGAGCUACCAUUUUAUAACACAAAAUCGUAAAGAAAAUAACAAAAUUACUUCUCACCUUCCAAGCAUUUUCCAGACUUUUUUCUGUGUUGUCUGAGUUAACUUUCAAUGCGAGCGAACUGAGUAGCUCCGCUUGCUGCAUUAAAGCGUUUAUCUUUGGAUCGUCCUUUUUGAGAAAUGUUCCUUGAGUUCUAUUAUUCUGAGCUGCUAACCAAUAAUGGAGGAAGAGAAUGCUUAACAAGAGAAACACAGGUGCCGAUGCCAAGAAUUGUUGGCUUGAGGUGAUUUACCAUCAUUAGAAACCUCCUUAUCAUUAUUUACAUGAGAUUGCACCACGACGCUGUUAGCAUUGUGGAGAUUUUGACCCAAAACUACAAAGGGAUGUCUUAGCUGCUGAUUCAUCAUUGUUCCAGAUACUCCAUGUGAUCUAUCUCCAAAAUUGCAGUUUUCAGUGAGAUCUGAAAUGUGGGAUCUCCUGAAUUGGAUAAAAUAGAAGACAUUAAAUUUGUGGAACAAUAUCAAGUCAUUACCGUGUACAGACAUUUCUAUAUUUAAGGUACCUCAUUCUCUUAACAGAACCAGUAGGGUCUGCUGUUCCAUCUACAUUCAUCCCAUUUUGAAGUAAAAUUCGAUUGUUA